AUGUCCACUGCCGUCUUACAGCGCAAUGGCAAUGGGUUGCCACGAGCGCGCGGUCUGAAAAAGGCCGAGGAUGGUGUUACGACACCCGCUUUAGAUAGAAUAACAUCUGUUGAUUCAAGUGGUCGCUCAACCCCCGUCGCCGAUGAUGCGCCCCCCUCGGCGCAUUCGAUAUCCAGCGCCAGGAAACAAGCGCGAGCUCGGACUCGCCUGUUCUAUACCAUCAAUUAUACCCCUCGCGUGUCACAUUUUGACCCCAGAAGCGACCAUCACAAUUUUCGCGGCUUCUUCACUCUGUUUUGGAUUGCGCUGUUUAUCAUGGUGGUUACGACUGUGCUGCGGAAUAUCAAGGAUACUGGUUACCCGUUGAGAGUGAGAGUGUGGGGCCUGUUGUCGGCGAACGUUUGGGAAUUAGGCCUCAGCGACCUUGCGAUGGUCGUCAGCAGUGGGCUUGUCGUGCCGCUGCAUCAUCUCUUUAGGAGCAAUGGUUUGCUGCGGUGGGGGCGAGCUGGUAUGAUUGUACAGAGUCUUUUCGAAGCAAUAUGGCUUGUGCUGUGGAUCAACUGGCCAUUCAUGAUGCGCUGGACCUGGACAGCCCAGGUUUUCCUGACUUUGCAUACGCUUGUCUUCCUGAUGAAGAUGCAUUCAUACGCGUUCUACAAUGGGCAUCUGAGCGAAACGCAGCGUCGACUGGCUUCACUAGACAAACCUGACUCGGUCUCACUCGAUGCAGCGGUCCGAUACCCAGACCCGGAACCUAGCGGACACCCGACACACCCGCACAGCAAACAUACACGAUCUAAAUCGGUCGAGGAAGUGCGCGAGGACCUGGCUUCUGAACUGACUUCACCCCUGGGACGUGUGACCUACCCACAGAACCUCUCUCUCGCCAACUAUGUCGACUACAUUUUCUGCCCGACGCUUUGCUAUGAGCUGGAGUACCCCCGGAACAAGAGCAGACAAUGGACCGAGUUGGCCGCCAAAGCUCUGGCCGUCUUCGGCUGCAUCUUCCUCCUAACGGUGACGAGCGAGGAAUUCAUCGUGCCUGUCCUGAGCGAGGCCAGUGCCCAACUACACCUGGUCCACGGCGCCUCCGAAAAGGCACUGAUCCUGGCCGAGACAAUCAGCAUGCUCCUGUUCCCAUUCAUGAUAACAUUCCUGCUAGUCUUUCUGGUCAUCUUCGAGUACGUGCUCGGCGCAUUCGCCGAGAUCACCCGCUUCGCCGACCGCCAAUUCUACUCGGACUGGUGGAACUCCUCUGACUGGCUCGAAUUCUCCCGCGAAUGGAACAUCCCCGUGCACCACUUCCUACGCCGACACGUCUACUUCCCUUCGCUAUCGUACUUCUCCCAGCCCGUAGCCAUGUUCAUCACCUUCCUCGUGAGCUCCGUCUUCCACGAGCUCGUCAUGAGCUGCAUCACCAAGAAGCUGCGCGGCUACGGCUUCCUAGCCAUGAUGCUCCAGAUGCCCAUCGUCGCCGUCCAACGGUCGCGAUUCUUCCGCGGGAAGAGGACUCUCAAUAACGUCUUCUUCUGGCUAUCGAUGAUAACGGGGCUGUCUAUGAUGUGUGCUCUGUAUGUCUUGGUUUGA